UGAUCUUGGCACGCAAAAGUUGAGACCUGGAGUAACACUUCAGCAAACCUCGACCUCACAGGACUAAUCUGCUCAUGUGGUGCAGCGCCAUACUCUGUCUCCUCUUUAGCCUCAUUCUCAUCUUCUUCGGAAUAGCAACUUCAAGAAUUUUCGUGGCAAUCAAACCAAGGUGUCCACUUUUUGACAUAUGUGCAGCCAAUAUAAACUGCAUCUACUUUGAUUCGUGGGUCUAUCUCAACGGCGACUGGAUCCUUCUUGCAAAUUUCUCCAAUCCAAUUAAGAAGCCGGAUGUAUCAACUUUGGCCUAUAUGGAAUCAGUUCACACGAUAUCAACUUUGGCCUAUAUGCCGCCGAACCUGGGCGUCCAACUUCAGGAGAAGGUACAUCAUAGCAACAAAGUCAGCUACUAUGUGAGAGGCACCUUCAAGGUCAGAGCAACUCUGGGUUUGGUUCAUUUCUCUUAUUGGCUGCACGGUAGAUGCAAUUAGACAUGACCAGUCCACCAACUGGAUAAUCAGACCUUUUAUUUCCGGUUUUGAAUAUCAAAAAACGCUGGAAGUUCUCCAACAAACACUGAGGCAUUUGUCAAACACUUAAUGUGCAUGAUGAAACGCGCGUUUCUUGUUCACAUGCCUCUUGGAACGUGAACGGCGAUUCCAGUUCCGUCCCAAGUGUUUGGUGAGCGAGGGAUUGCUCAGAUCGUGGGUCGACCGCAUUUGGCAUCGCUUGAUCUUCGCGCUUGAAGCGGUUGCGUUGCUUCAUGGAUUGCCCUUUACUGACUUCGCAUUGCUCGUAUUCUAUCAUGUAUGUGUGAGACGACCAGGUGUCCUUGACGCAAUCACAAGGCGGAACUAUGGUGCAACGUUUUGCCCUGUGACAGCGGCCGUGGCGCCACCGCCGAUCGGCGGAAGGGUGCUU